GUGAUGGUAAUCAUUCGUUUCUUGAGUUAAUAAUGCAGUUCCUUUGGAGCACAUGGAUUGUCAGUAUUGCUUUCACCAAUCAAAUCUCUGUCUCUUUGGAUAUGCAUCCUGUGUUGUACCAAGAAUUCUGCCUCAAUGUGAAAUCAUCAACCAUUCGUAAUGAGGAUUACCAGUUAAAGAGCCGAAGUUUCGAAGCUUCUUCUUACAGAAGUGGGUCUGAUGACUUUGUUGAUGCAACAACUGUGAAAGAAAGUGGGUCUGGUGACUAUGUUAAAACAACCAUACCUCCUGAACCAAGUAAUGUAAAAGACAGUGAUAGAAGUAUAUCUGGUGACGUUGUUAAACCAAGCAUACAUCUUAUUCCAGUGACUUGGAAAUCCAGACGAACAUGUGAUGACCAAUGGAGUCCAUAUUGUAUACAUGGAACCUGCGUGAUGCAUCUAAUGGAUAUUUCGUGGCCCAUGUGCUUGUGUGACGAGGGCUUCGCAGGAGAGCGAUGUAGUCAUAUGGCUCUACCUUGAACUGUCACUGGUCAGAUGCAUUUACAAUAUUACACCUCAUCUGUGCCUGAAGAUGUGAACCAAGAGACCAGUACAAUCUGAAUUACAGGUUUAAUCGGAAGAAAACCAUUUACUGGAUUCUCCUCAAGAAGUUCUUGUGUGAUCAUGUCUCUUUGUCAAUAAAGAAAA